GAGGGGAGGUUGGUUGGUCUCUCGCUCUCUCUCUGUGAUCGACCGGGACUCACGGGGAGCAGAGUGGGAAGGAAACGCACGUCGCGCGAGCCGACUUUCCCGGAAUGUUGCGCCCGUAGACCGCGCGCGCUCCGCCGCGAGAGGGGGCGUUUCUCCGAGGGUUUUUUUUUGGGAAGGUUUUCCGCAGAUUUUUUUUUGCUCCUGGAAAAUGAAGCGCGUUCCUCGCAGGGUCACUCUGGCUCUGGCUGCGCUCAUCUGGCUCGCCGCGCUCCUCUAUCUGCUGCUGCUCAAUAAGCGCAAAGUGUCCGACUCGGGACCCGGGGACGCGCAGGACGACCAGCUCUCCGAAGCGGAGUGGGACGACCUCCUGGACCAGUUUGAGGAGAAGAGCUACCUCAACGCUCGCCGAUGGAAGCCGGGUCUGGACCCCUACAAGUUGCAUGCCUUCAACCAGCGGGAGUGCGAGCGGACCCCCAGCAAUCGCGCCUUGAGAGACACCCGCCACUACAGGUGCACCACAUUGCAUUAUGGUCCAGACCUGCCGCCUACGUCCAUCGUGAUCACUUUCCACAAUGAAGCCCGAGCGACGCUUCUGCGCACCAUCCGCAGUAUACUGAACCGCACCCCGGUGCACCUGAUCCACGAGAUCAUCCUGGUGGACGACUUCAGCGACGACCCCAACGACUGCCUUCUGCUCACCAAGCUGCCAAAAGUGAAGUGUCUUCGGAACGACCGGCGAGAAGGGCUGAUCCGGUCCAGGGUACGAGGGGCCGAUAUGGCCCGUGGGGAGGUCCUCACUUUCCUGGACAGUCACUGUGAAGUUAACAAAGACUGGCUGCUUCCACUGCUGCAGAGAGUGAAGGAGGACCGAACCCGAGUAGUAAGCCCUGUCAUCGACAUCAUCAACAUGGACACAUUUGCCUACGUGGCAGCCUCAGCAGACCUGCGUGGCGGCUUUGACUGGAGUCUCCAUUUCAAGUGGGAGCAGCUGUCGGCGGAACAGCGAGCCAGGAGGGCCGACCCCACUGAACCCAUUAAGACCCCCAUCAUAGCAGGCGGGCUCUUCGUGAUUGACAGGUCCUGGUUCAAUCACCUGGGGAAGUACGACACGGCCAUGGACAUCUGGGGUGGGGAGAACUUUGAGAUCUCCUUCCGGGUGUGGAUGUGCGGAGGGAGCCUGGAGAUCGUCCCCUGCAGCCGCGUUGGACACGUGUUUCGCAAAAAGCACCCUUACGUGUUCCCCGAUGGUAACGCCAACACCUACAUCAAGAACACCCGGCGAACGGCAGAGGUGUGGAUGGAUGAAUUCAAGCUGUUCUACUACUGGGCUCGACCAGCGGCACGCGGGAAGCCGUACGGAGACGUCCGUGGCCGGGAGGAGCUCCGACGGCGCUUGAAGUGCAAAUCCUUCAAGUGGUACUUGGACCAUGUCUACCCUGAGCUCAAGAUCCCGGAUGACUCCGAUUCCAAGUCGGGGGUGAUCCGGCAGAGACAGAACUGCCUGGAGUACCAGACGUUGGAAGGUCAGGAGAUGCCGGUGCUUGGGCUUGGGCCCUGUAUGGGGACCAAGGAGGUUCCAGCGCUCUAUCAGGAGUGGAUCUACACCCACGGCCAGCAGAUCCGCCAGAAGCAGCACUGUCUGUCCCUCUCCACCAUGUUCCCCGCCUCCCAGGUGCUGCUGCUACCCUGCAACGCCAGCGACGGCAAGCAGCGCUGGCAGAAGUCUGGCUCACACCUGGAGCACCUGGCCUCCCACUUCUGCCUGGACAGCGAGAUGGCCCUGGAUGGACUUGAGAGCAGCCGCAUGCUCGUCAUCAGCCCUUGCGAGCCUUCCGCUUACACGCAGCGGUGGGAGGUUCCCUUUUCGUGACCCCCUCCUCGAGUUGACGUGGCCCGCCCACAGGGAGGCGGCAGGACCAAAAGGGCGUCUCCUCAGCCUCGGGGCGCAGCUGCUGGAGGCAAAGCAGAGUGGCGGCGGGAGGCAAACACCAAAGAUGGCCAGCGCAGGAGCCUGGGGAGGGGACACCUUGGCUCUUCGCUUUCUAAUGACUCUGAUUCUUUUAAGAGCCGAACUUGGACUCUAACCCCCCCCCCCAGCCCUUUUAUAAUAACCAAACUAUGAUGAACACAGCGGUCUGGACAACUGGAGGCUCCUGUCUGAGGAGACCUUGCAGUCAUUGCUUAAGGUUACGUGCUGCUCUAUCCCACUGAUUCGCGUCUUCAAAGGCGGUACAACGGACAGAACGUCUCCCCGCCCAUCGUGUCAGUUGUCAUUUGAGAGGCCUGAGUGAAACAUCCACAGAGCCGUGGUGAGUGAAGCGAGAUCCCACGCAUCCCGUGCUCAACGUUCCCGCUGGGUUCUCCGCAGUCAUCAGGUUCCGCUUAGCUCACACCGACCUUCAGAGGAGAACAGGACUGGCCUGGCGAAGAGUCUGACGCUGCUGUUUGAUAACUGUCAUCAUCUUCCAUUGAAGUGGACCUUUUUAAAAUCUCCCCCAUCCUCCCGUGUCCCCCGCUGGGUCAAACAAAAUAACAAGA